CCAGAAGAAGAAGAAGAAGAAGAAGAAGAAACCAACAUGGCGCCGGGAGUUUAACGGAUGCGAACAGCAACAAAGAUAGAACGUUUAGAAGCUUUUUGUUCCUAUUUUUAGUUUAACGGACAAAACGGUUUUAACUUAUCGUUUCAUUUCCGUAUCCUGUCCGGAUCAGUCGUCAUGGAAACAGAGGAGCAGGCCAGGAACCGUUUCCAGUCGGAGCUGGAGUUCAUCCAGUGUUUGGCGAACCCCAACUACCUGAACUUUUUGGCUCAGCGAGGUUUCCUCAGAGAGAGGCCGUUCAUCAACUACCUGAAGUACCUGCUCUACUGGAAGGAGCCCGAGUACGCCAAGUUCCUCAAGUAUCCUCACUGCUUGCACAUGCUGGAGCUGCUGCAGUACGAGCACUUCAGGAAGGAGCUGGUCAACGCUCAGUGCGCCAAGUUCAUCGACGAGCAGCAGCUGCUGCACUGGCAGCACUACUCCAGGAAGCGCACCCGGCUGCAGCAGGCGCUGGCCGAGCAGCAGCAGCAGCAGCCCCAGCAGCCGCCGCACGGGAACGCCGCCGCCAAGUGACGUGGGAGGAGCUUAAAAAGCUCAGCCGAAUCCUGGAUUUUUCAAGGCUGACAUAUCAGCCUGUUUUUUCGUUUGAUUUGUACAUAAAUAUUUCUGAUAUGA